UUGGAAAUGUCCCAGGGAGAGGGGGAGGCAGCCUGGCGGUUUCCGGGGUGACGGCUCCGCUCCCGAAGUCUGAGUCGGGGGAACAGAGCAGUGGGUGACCGGUGGCGGACUUGGGAUCUCUCGGUCCCGUCGUUCGGAGAUGGAGUUUCAGCUGUAACAGCAGCAGGAAGAGGAGUAGCAGCGUCGGCGGAGGAGGGCGGCUUGCCUUCCCAUCCAGAACCCAUAGGAAGGAAGUAGCAUUAUGUAUGCUUCAACCAAGUACAGCAGUCGGGGCCCUACCCUUAUUCCCAGGAUGAAAACUAAACACCGAAUUUACUACAUUGCCCUGUUUUCAGUUGUGCUUCUUGGACUUGUAGCCACAGGAAUGUUUCAGUUCUGGCCACAUACAAUUGAAGCUACCAAUGAGUGGACAUUUGAAAAACGCAGCAUCCAUGAUGUUCCAGAAGUCAAGCUAGCUGAAGACAGUCCAAUCCCUGAACGAGGAGACUUGAGCUGUAGAAUGCACACUUGCUUUGAUGUAUACCGUUGUGGGUAUAACCCCAAGAAUAGAAUAAAAGUCUACAUCUAUCCACUGAAAAAGUAUGUUGAUGCAUAUGGCACUGUGCUCAGUAACACUAUCUCCAAAGAGUAUAAUGAAUUGUUGACUGCCAUUUCAGAAAGUGACUUCUACACAGAUGAUCUAAACAGGGCAUGUUUGUUCAUUCCUUCUAUUGAUGUGCUUAAUCAGAACAACCUCAGGAUAAAAGAAACUGCACAGGCAUUGGCCCAGCUAUCCAGAUGGAAUAGAGGGACAAACCAUUUGCUGUUUAAUAUGCUUCCAGGAGGCCCUCCUGAUUAUAAUACUGCACUUGAUGUUCCACGUGACAGAGCCCUUCUAGCAGGUGGAGGCUUUUCCACGUGGACGUAUCGACAGGGUUAUGAUGUUAGCAUUCCAGUUUUUAGUCCGUUGUCAACAGAUGUCAAUCUGCCUGUGAAGCAUCCUGGGUACAGAAUGUAUUUUAUCUUGUCUACACAAACUGCAAUCCACCCAGAAUAUCGCACUGAGCUGGAGGCCAUAGAAGCAGAACAUGGAGAUGCUCUGCUAAUCCUAGACAAAUGUACCAACUUAUCAGAAGGUGUACCUUCUACAAGAAAACGUUGCCACAAAAAUCAAAUCUUUGACUACCCACAGAUUCUACAGGUGUUUGAACAAUAUUUUGACGUGGGUUUUGAAGUUUUUAAAGAUGGACUGAAUGAUGUAAAGCUGGAGAGGUUUAGCGAUGAAAUUCAGAAGACCAGGAGCAUUCCUGUUGGUGAGUAG